CGGAACGAUUGCAUUUAGCAGUUUUAAUGUCAAGUAGAUUUUGUUAUGUUCUCUGGUGGGCGAACGAUCAAAUUUUAUACAUGCUUGACAUGGUCGCUACUGCUAAGGUGUUUGUGGUGGUUUGUCAUCAUUUUGAGCUGUGGUAGUGUUGUGGUCUUCACUUCUGGUUUUUAUUUAAAAAUACCACCUGUUAAACUAAAAUAUGCGUUACAUACGAUAAACGAAAAUCAUUGAACAGCAAUCAAAGCUGAUUAGGGUAUAAGAAGUAAUAUCUACUAUUCUUUCACAAUGUAGAAUCAAUUUUUUGCACAUACAUACAUAAGUGUAUAGUAUAUGCUUAUGCUCUUAAGAAAAAUUCUUUCUUUUAUAUGAAUCAUAAAUGUUAUAUGCUUACGUGCCAUCAUCUCAGAAUUAUAAAGGUCAAAAAACGCCAGCAACGCGUUUUGAUGAUUUUGGACAGCAAGAAUAUCAAGUACGACAUUGUGGACAUAACGGAACCAGGGAAAGAAAGCGAAAAAGAGUUGAUGCAAACAAAGUCGACUAGCAAUGGUGCCACAGUAAGUGACCCAGAGCCAAGACAUCCACUGCCACCACAAAUAUUCAACCAAGAAGAAUAUUGUGGGGAUUAUGAUGCCUUCGAUUUGGCCAAUGAAAUAGAUACAUUGGAGCAGUUCUUGAAGCUGGCACCGGCCGAUACCACAGCUGUUUCUAGUGCUCAGCUGGAGCUGAAGCAGGAAAAUGGCGAAGUAAAAGCAUCAGAUGAUGAGAACAAAGAAAAUGUCGAAGAGAAACCUGAAAGUGAAGAGGUCGGCAAAACGGCUGACGACAGUCAAGCUGCUGCCGAUGCUGGGGAGAGUGCAAACGGUGAUGGCGAGACCAAGAAUGCUGAGAAUGAAACGCAGGAGGAACAAAAUGAAGAAAAGAAAGACGAAACUGAAACGGCCGAAGCCGAUACAGAAGAGGACAAAUCCAUAGCAGAGACUGCUAAAGAAGAAGUGGCUGAGGAGCAGGCAAAGAGUGACGAUACAAAACCAAAUAAUGCAGAAGCCGAUCCAACCGAGACGCAAAAAGCGGAAACUAAACCCAACGACGAAGAACAAAGCGUAAAAGUAGGAGACAGCGAAAAUGCCGAAAACACAGCAGAAACGGAAGUAGCGAAAGAUAAAUCCAAUGAGGAAACGGAAGAUAAAACGGAGAGUGAACCGGAACCCGAAGACAAUGCAAAGGAGGAAACGGCGAAAAAAGAAAGUGUCACAGAAGCAGAAACAUCGGCGAUGGAAACAGAUUCUUUGAAAGAAAAUACAGAGGAAGACACUCAAAAAGAUGAAACCGGAAAAUUAGAAACGGAGAACCAAGAUACCAGUAAUAACAGCGAUGAAGAAGCUGGAAAAAAGAAAAAAGAAAGUGUCACAGAAACAGAAACAUCGGCGGUGGAAGCAGAUUCUUUGAAAGAAGAUACAGAGGAAGACACUCAAAAAGAUGAAACCGCAAAAUUAGAAACGGAGCACCAAGAUACCAGUAAUGACAAUGAUGAAGGAGCUGGAAAAGAAGCAGAAAAUUCUGAAGCAAAUGAGAAGGAUGUUGAGGAUGAAAGUGCAAAAGAAAACGAAGAAACAGAUAAAACCGACAACAAUGAUGCAGAGAUUGUUGGUGAUGAAAAUGAAGUUGCUGAAAAAGAAAGUGAAAAAACAACAGCAGAUAAAAAUGAAAAUGCAGAAUCUAAUAACGAUGAGAAUAAGAAUGCAAGUGAAGAAAACGUGACGAGCGAAGAAGAAGAUGAUGAUGAAGAAGAGUCAAGCUCAGCAGAAAAAGUUAUUGAUAAGGCAGAAGAUGCUGCAGCAAAUAAAGAUGACAUUAAGGAAGAGAUUGCUAGCAACGAUCACGACGAUAUUGAAUAGUGAUAAUAACAUUAAAAUUAAGAGAAACCUCUUCCGCGAUCGACUGCUUAGCUUUUGGAAAUAUUACACACACAUUAAUUAACUUUUAUUUAUUAAAUACACCGUCCUUAGUUUCUCACUUUAAAAUGGUUUUGGAGUUACCCCCUAGCACUUCAUGAGUCAUUAUUUGUAAAUUUGAUCAUGCAUCACCGAAAAGCACUGAACGUAGUAAACACAAGCCAACAUACUCCUUCAUGCAAUAAUGGAAAAUGAAAGGCUCACACAAUCUAUACCGCAUAGGAAUGACACCCAUGCCAAAGUGGAAGACUUACUUGAUAGCGAGAAGCGUGCAGCUGCGAAUUAAACCAAAUACAUACAUUUAUACAUACGUUCAUCAGUCAAUAAAUAUUGAGUUUUAAGUUGAAGAAA